CCUAUUCUAUAUGGAUUUUACAAAGAGCCACAGGCUGAUGUUGAACUUACUUGGUCUCAAACUCACAACACCUCUCUCCCAUCUGGUUUUCAAAAGGAAUGGAUAUAUAUGUUAAAUAUGGGAUCUCAAAUCAAUAUUUCAUACAGCGUGAACUCCCCGAGUCCAUCCUCUAUAAUCCUUAUAAUUGCCCAAGGGAGUGAAGGCUUUGCUCAAUGGCUCGAGGACCCAUCAUAUCCUAAUAGCACCUUAUCAUGGAACAUUAUUAAUGGAAGUGGUAUAAUUCAACAGGAUAUUUGGACGUCUGCUAGUUACUAUGUUGCGGUGGGUAACUUGAACUCAGAAGAAGUAGAGGUGCAGUUAAAUCUCAAAGUGAAAGCUAUACUGUAUAAUACAACUGAAGCGUAUUACAAUUGUGCUGUGGCUUGUGGCGCGUGUAAUUUGAAAAUGUUGUUCCCCUCCGGAAAUGCUGUUGUCUUAACCUCUCCAGGUCCAGAACAGGGUACAAAUGUAUGGCAAGUUCAACUGUCAUAUGGACCUCGAUGGCUCACAUAUCUUGUUGGCAUAGGUGGAUUGACUCUCCUUGUGUUAUCGGCCUUCUACAUGUUCAACAAUUUCCAAUGUACUCGUGAAGAAGGAACCAGAUUUCAGUUUGGAGAGAUGAGAUCAGAGAGAGCCCCUCUUUUGCAAAAAGAUGAUGAUUUGUCAAGUUGGGGUUCAUCUUGUGAUUCUGUCUCGCAAGACGAUGAAGAUCUUGAAGAUGAGCUGGCAUUGGGUUCACUUGAGGGAAUGCCACUAAAGGAUGGUGAAUACAACAACAAUAUCCGGCGUCUUUGUGCUAUUUGCUUUGAUGCUCCUAGAGACUGUUUUUUCCUUCCAUGUGGGCACUGUGUGGCUUGUUUUGCAUGCGGAACAAGGAUUGCAGAGUUGACAGGGACUUGCCCUAUCUGUCGAAGGAACAUAAAGAAGGUGAGGAGGAUAUUUACAGUUUGAGCAACAAACAGAAUUUCGUCACGAGCGCUGCUUGGUUAAGUGAUUUUUUCUACACCAUUGCUUUCGCACUUGUAUAUUUCAUCAAUCAAGGUAUCCAUACUAGGUAACAAGAAUACUGUUGGAAACUAGAUGCCCAGCAUUCUGUUUUUUCUGCUGGCCUUCUACCAUAUAUUACAUCUCAGUACGUAAAAUGAUAUUCUAUGCAUGUGUCAAGUUCUUGAAGUCAUCUUUUUGAAGCGGGAUUUUUUUUUUCCUUCCCUUUUUAAAUAUCUAGUUCAAAUUUUCUGUUGGUUAUGACUAGGAUGAUGCUGAUGUAUGUUCUUCUUUCAAAGAACUCGGAAAAACUUAACAAUCAAAUUGCAGAGUCUCUUGUUGGUUGCAUUUAUUUCAUUUGGUAAUUAUUUAUGUAGAUCUUUUAUUC